AUGCUAUCAAAUAGUUUUGACUUCGGUGAUUUGAAAAAAUCAUCAACAAGCAUGACUAAUUCAGUACCUAAUUUUUAUGCAAACACCAAUAUUUCGCAUGCAACUUAUGAUACAUCUUUAGUCGACAAUCAUACUCGCAUAACAAAGCUCAUCGAUCAUGAUAAAGAGAAAAACAAUGAGAAACGACGACGGCGACGUCGUCGCGGAGGAUUUUGGAUAUUUUGCUGUUCAUGUUGUUCACCAUGUUGUUGUUUAUUAACAGGCCUACUCUUAGCUUUAGUUAUCGCUGGUUUAGCAGCAUUGAUUGGUACAACAACGUCUGCAACAACAACAACAACAACGUCAGUAACGACAACAACUUCAACUACUAGUACAUCAUCGUCUACAAGUUCAACAGCCACAUCAACUAGUAGCUCGUCUUCGACCAGCUCAUCAUCAACAUCCAGUACUAGUUCAUCAUCAACAUCCAGUACUAGCGUAACAACAACGACGAUAACAAGUACUACAACUACAACAACUACUACAACAGCAGCAACUGUUACUAUUACUUCCAACUCAUGUACUUCUGGAUGGAAAAGUGUUACUCUACUUUAUCAUUGUAGUAAUUGUCCAGAUAUAGCACCAUAUACACAAUAUACAUAUACUUAUACAGCUAUUUCAAAUCGAACUCGUAUUGCAUUUGCUUUUCGAGAAGAUUCUGGCUGUUUUGCACUUGAUGCUGUGUCCGUGCGCAGUAUAAUAACACCAAGUACUGAAUUGAUUGCUAAUAAUGGUUUUGAAACUGGUACACUAUCAUCAUGGACUUAUUGUAAUCCAAGCAGUGCAACAGCUGCUGGUGAAGUAAAACAAAAUUCCGAUAGUUUUCAAUGUAUGGGUUAUACUUACCAAGCUCAAUCAGGAACUCAUUUUUAUUAUGAUGGAGCAGUAGGAAAUUGUGAUUAUUUAAUUCAAAUGUUUACAACAAUAGUUAGUCAAACAUAUACUAUUUCAUAUUGGUUAUAUAAUCAAGGCACUGGUUCAGCUAGUAGUGCUGAUGUCAUAAUUAGUAUCUAG